AGCUCGUCCGGCCCGGGAAGAGCUCUGGAGCCGCUGCUCUGAGCCAUAUGAGGCCCCCCGAGGGGGCCGCUUCCUCAGCCUUUACUUACACACACUGCACGCUACACAGUCCAGCUCGCCAUCAGCAGCUAGCACAACCCUUGCGAGACGGCCGCAGCUUGCAGACGCCACGGCACCCCAGGCGGCAGCAGCGAGCUCCACCACUCUCCUCUGCGGCUGGUUAUGCAGGCAGCAGCUAUGGUGGGGGCAGCAGCAGCAGCAGCGUACCCCGCAGCACCGUAAAGGUGUACGAGGCGGCCAAGCAGGACAGCGGCAAGCGCAUCGUGGCCGAGACGGUGGUGCAGGCGCCCGUGGACGUGGUGUGGCGGGUACUCACCAACUACGAGCGGCUGGCCGACUUUGUGCCCAACCUGGAGAGCUGCGAGCGGCUGCCCAGCCCUCGCACCGGCCGGGUGUGGAUCCGGCAGCGGGGGUGCAGCCAGGGCGUACUGUGGCGUCUGGAGGCGGAAGCGGUGAUCGCGGUUGAGGAGGUUCGGCUGCCGCUGGGCCGGCGAGAAGCGCGGUUCAACAUGGUCGAUGGCGAUUUCAAGGAGAUGAGCGGGCGCUGGGUGGUGGAGCCGGACCCUAGCAGUGCAGUGGGCAUGGCCACGUUGCUGCGGUUUGACAUCACCGUGCAGCCCAAGAUCUCUCUGCCCAGCUCUGUCGUCAGUUACGUGGUGCGAGCGGGCCUGCCCGCAAACAUACAGGCAGUGUCGCGCAGGGCAGAGGAGAUAGCUGCCACCAAGCUGCGAGCAUCUGGCCUGGCUCGGUGGGCAGGUAUCGAGGACGACCCACCAAUUCCAGUGCAGCUGCCACCACCAGAAGUGGGAAGGCUGUCCUGGGAGCAGGAGGUCGCAGAGGAGCAGGCCGCGCGUUGUGCUGCAGCAGCAGUGGACGAGGCUUCUAGACAGCGGCGGCAGGCAGAGGGCAGGGAUGACACGCUCCCCAGCAAGGGCCCCUUUUGGCGCCUGACCGGCAGCACGUUUCCUGAGGCUGCCCCUCUGACUGCGGAUCGACAGCGACAGCAGCAGGGGGCGGGGCCUGCCGAUCCGCAGCCGCAGCAGGAGGAGCAGACGUUACGGCCGCUGCAGCUGCAACAGCAGGCCGACCCGCAGUCUCUGUACCUCGGGGUUGUGUCUGUGCCGUUGCCACCCGCAGGCAACCGCAGCACCAUGCAGCCUGAGACGCAGGACGAGCUCAACCAGCGACAGGAGGUGAAGGAGCAGUUGCAGGCAGCAUACCCAGCCUUUGGGCUGAGGCGGGCAGACAGCCGCGCCAGCAGCAACGGGUCCAGCACUGUCAGCCCCACCUCCAACGCGCUGCCUGUGCCAACUGGCCUGGGGAGCAGUGGCAGCAGCCGUGCUGUGCCUGCUGGAGCUGCCGAGGUCCACCUGCGCCGGUUGGACACCUUUGACAUGCUGCACCGGCGAGCCGUGGCCGCUAUCACCAUAGAUGCCUCUCCAGAGGCUGUGUGGGAUGUGCUGACAGACUAUAAUCGGCUGGCGGAGUUCAUACCCAACCUGGCAGUUAGCCAGCGCAUUGCGCUGCCUAGCAACGCGCCCGCCAACAUUAUCCGCAUACGGCAGGUUGGUUACAAGCGGAUGCUCUACAUGUGCCUGCAUGCUGAGAGUGUGCUGGACCUCAUCGAGAAGCCGCAGGGCGAGAUCCAGUUUCGCCAGGUGGCAGGCGACUUUGAGCGGUUCCAGGGCAAGUGGAUGCUUCAAGGGCUGCCAUUAUCUGGCAACAGCAGCAGCACCACCAGCGAUGCGGAGCCUUCUGCUUCACAGACCCAGCUCAAGUAUGCUGUGGAGAUUGUCAUUCCUCGUUCGACCCGCAUGCUGGGAGUGCUGGAACCGCUUCUGGAGCGCACCGUCUUCGAGGAUGUGCCCUCCAACCUCGCCGCCAUCAAGCAGCGCGUGGAAAGCUUGCAGGCCGAGCGCGACAUUCGGCGGCUUGAAGAGGCGGGAGAGAGCGCUGCUGCCACAGCGCUGCGACACAUGGUGGAUGACUUUGCUGUCUUGGUGGCGGAGUUGGAGCGCUGCUUUGGCACCAAUGGGGUGCUGCCGACUCGCAGCGAGCUUCGCGAGAUGAACAGGCGGCCCAAGGGCUACUGGGAUUCUCCAGAAAAUGUGAGGGCCGAGCUGGACGAAUUCAUUGAGGAGCAGGGCCUUCCCCCGGGUGGGUGCAGUAGCAAGUCGUUCAUGCAGUCAGCGCUCCAUGGUAAUCGAUAUGCCAUGCGUCUGGUUGGGCGGAAAUGCCGGCUGCCUUACCUGGCAUUCUCACCCGUUCUGGAGGCCUUAUGCCCGCAAAAGAUGACUUUGUACGGGGCAGGGCGGUAUGACAUUGCGCGAGCUGUGGAGCGCUGGGGAGGGCUGUACGAGCUUGCCGGCGAGCUGGGAUAUGCUGUGACUGGCAGCCGCAAGCCUGGCUUUAGCGAGUGGCAGGAGCACAUCAGCGAGCUGGCUGCAAGCACAGGGCUAAGUGGCAGGGAGGGCCUGUUUGAGCUGGCCUCCAAGACAUAUGCAGCACGGCGCAGCAUGCAGGGCAGCGUGGAUGGUGGGGAGGACAUGGCACUGGCCGACAUCCUCACGGCUGAUGCUGUUGGAGCGAGGGCCGCCAGUGCCAACAGCAAGGCCUCCGCUGAGAAUGGCGCCAUCGUCGGCAGGAGCAGCAGCAGCGCUAAGGGCGCUGGCACUGGCAAAGCGAAGACCAAACCAGCCACCACCACUACAAAGCGCAAUCGCGUUGCUCCCAACAUACGAGAGGAAAUAGAUGCCUGGUAGUGGCAGGAGGCUCACGAGAGUCAGUCGCAGGAAUUGGCAACACCUUAUCAUUUCAUCCCUGGCAUUUCAUUUCAUUCACUGUGCUCCGGUGCUAACACCUUUGUACCAUGCUAAAUUACAAUUAGGCG